AUGGGAUUGUGUCAGUCCACCGAGGACAAGCAGCUUCAACAAAAAAGCAAAGCAAUCGACCGGGAAAUGAUGCAGGGCCACAUUGCACAGCAAAAAGUCGUCAAGCUCCUUCUGCUAGGUGCUGGAGAAUGUGGAAAGAGUACCGUGCUGAAGCAGAUGAGAAUUCUUCACGACCAUGGAUUUUCUCCGGAAGAAGCCGUCCAGCAAAAAAGCGUUGUCUACAACAACACCGUACAAGCAAUGGCAAUGAUUUUGAGGGCUAUGAACAGCCUGAAGAUCACUUUUGAAAACCCGGCAAGAGAGAACGAUGCACGUGUGGUCCUGGACACGAUCAAAGCUGCCCAAGAAUCAGAGCCGUUCACACAGGAGCUCACGCAAGCUCUGAAAAAUCUGUGGGCAGACCCGGGAGUUACAGCAGCGGUCAACCGAGGAAAUGAGUUCCAGCUCGUCGAAAGUGCUCCACACUUUCUCGGUUCUAUCGACCGUAUAGCAGCCAAAGACUAUAAACCAACUGAGCAGGAUAUUCUGCUUUCACGGAUAAAAACUACUGGUAUUGUAGAAGUGAAAUUUCAAAUGAAGAAUGUGGAUUUCCGGUAA